AUGGCCUGCACUGAGUGGCCGCAUCCUGAAGGCCAGUGGAUGCUGGGUGCUCAUGACAGGGUACCUGCCACUGCCACCAUGGGUACCAUCUCCUCUACGAGAGUCUCACCUGGCCCUGGCCAGACCUGCUCAGGGACAGAUGGCAGCUCCUUAGUUCAGGAACUACAAAAUCUUCAGAAAAUGGCAGAGAACCUGUGUGCCAGUCCUCGCUGGCUAUGGGGGAGCCAAGUUACCCUUGCAGUCUAUGACCCAGACUACAUGAAGGUGAUCCUGGGGCAAUUAGGAUCUCUCCAGACAAACCCAUUCUCCUGUCCCACCUCUGGGUGUUCUGUCUGGUGGUUGGCUGGAGGAAGGAGGGGCUUGACCACACCUGUCCUGAACCUUGUGCUCCCUCUGCAGGUGUUUGACCCUUCACAGUUUGCACUGGGUUUUGUUCGACACAGUCAUGCUUUCUUGCCCUUCUCAGGAGGAGUAAGGAACUGCAUCGGGAAGCAGUUUGCCAUGAGCGAGAUGAAGGUGGCGGUGGCCCUGACCCUGCUCCGCUUUGAGCUGGCACCAGAUCCUUCCAGGGUCCCUGUCCCUGGCCAAGAAUUGUGUUGAGGUCCAAGAAUGGGAUCCACCUGCAUCUCAGGAAGCUCCUCUAAAACCUGUGCAGACAAGUGUGAACCCUGAGGCCCUCCUGCCUGCUAUCCUGUCUUCCUGUCCGUCUCUCAUCUCCUGUUUUCUGCCCCACUCAUGCCAG